UGUACAAAAAAACACUAAGUUGAGCUAUUGUUAUUUUAUAUUAAUAUUAUUUCUUAUUUUCACGAUGACUCGACUUUUAAUAGUCUUAGCUGUUGUUUCCUGCAUUGCAAUUGUUGAAUCGAAAAUCUUUAAAAGCUGUAAAGGAAAUAUAACAGCUCCUACUGAUGUCAGAAUUGCCGGAUGUGAUUCCUCUCCUUGUAUAUUAACAAGAGGCACCUCAUUGAAACUGGAAAUGGAUUUUGUCGCAACUACAGCAACGGAUAAAUUAAAGCCAAAAAUGUAUGUAAACGUUGGUAGAAGUAAAAAGAAAUAUUACCUAAACAUUGGAACAGAAAAUGUUUGUGAUUCUUUACAAAAAGGCAAAUGCCCUUUAAAGAUAGGAGAUACAGUUACAGUAGCUUUAGAAAAGGCAAUACCUCCAACGACUUAUUUAGUAAAGAAAGCUACUGUUACGUUUGAACUUUCCGACAGUAAUAAUGAACAAUUAGUUUGCUUACAAGUUAAGGCAAAAGUAGUAAGGAAUCCAAAUGAAUUGAAAUGAAUUAACUUUUUUUGGCAAGGUCCAAUUCGUAAUUGAAACUAAGUAAGAUUUAGUGAAACCCUUUGUAUAUUCAAUUCAAUUCGUACCAAAAUGAGUUUUCAUCGGUUGAGAAUUCAAAUAAAAUGACCAACUCGUCUGUUGAAUUUGUGCUGAUGAUUUGAAAAAACAAAGCUUAUUUAUUAUUUAUGUAUUUAUUAUAUUUAUUACUAUGUUGUAUAUAGUUCAAUUAAUAAAAUCAUUGAUCAUCAGUAUUGUGAUAUGUUAACAAUGUGA